AUGGUUGGGUAUGUAGAGACUCUUGGAAUCAGGGUGUCCAAGGACCGAGGGGUGGGCCGGGUGCUGCAGAAACUGAGCCGCUUCGCAGACGAGCGGACCCCCAAGCUGCAACCCCAGGUCUCCCACAAGGUGCUGGCACCAUGCGCCCUACCCCCUACCACCAUACGCCCUACCACCAUACGCCCUACCACCAUACGCCCUACCCCCUACCACCAUACCCCCUACCACCAUACCCCCUACCCCCUACCACCAUACCCCCUACCACCAUACCCCCUACCACCAUACGCCCUACCCCCUACCACCAUACCCCCUACCACCAUACCCCCUACCACCAUACGCCCUAUCCCCUACCACCAUACGCCCUACCCCCUACCACCAUACGCCCUACCCCCUACCACCAUACGCCCUACCACCAUAGUCCCUACCCCCUACCACCAUAAGCCCUACCCCCUACCCCUACCCCCAUACGCCCUACCACCAUACGCCCUACCCCCUACCCCUACCCCCUACCACCAUACCCCCAUACGCCCUACCCCUACCCCCCUACCACCCUACCACCAUACUUCCUACCCUCUACCCCCUACCCCCAUUCCCCCUCUUCCCCCCUACCCCUCUACCCCCACUACCCCUACCCUUCUACCCUUCUACCCCCCUACCCUUCUACCCCUCUACCUCCCUUCCCCACUACCCUUCUACCCCCUGUACCCCCUUCCCCCACUACCCCUACCCUUCUACCCCUCUACCCCCCUACCCUGCCUGUUUGAGUAG